AUGGCCAAGACAGCUCCGAAUGAAGAGAAGAGUCCGACUGCGACUGAGGAGGAGUGGGCGGAUAGCCAUGAGUAUCAUCAUGAAUCUCACUACCAGGAGAGCAACGGUGACCAAGGUUCCCCUGCAGGUGCCAGUGCCGGUGCCGGUGCAGGUGCGGAUGGACAAGGCCCGAACUACGGCGGAGAUUUAUCACCACCGAACUGGAAUGAUGUGGACUGGCAUGUGGUGUCGGGACAUAACGGCCCUUGA